GUGAGCGUUAAGCGGUCAAACGUGAUCAAACCUUUGUAGCGUCUUCGCAUUUGCCAACAGGUCAAAAUGCAAAUCUUCAUAAAAAGCCUGACUGGCAAGACCAUCACCCUGGAGGUGGAGCCCAGUGACACCAUCGAGAAUGUGAAGGCCAAGAUCCAAGAUAAAGAAGGUAUCCCUCCUGACCAGCAGAGGCUCAUCUUUGCUGGCAAGCAGUUUGAAGAUGGUGGUACUCUUUCUGACUACAAUAUCCAGAAAGAGUCAACCCUACACCUGGUCCUCCGUCUGAGGGGUGGCUGUUAAUUCUUCAGUCUUACAUUCACAGUGCCCAGUGAUGGCAUUACUCUGCACUAUAGCCAUUUGCCCCAAUUUAAGUUUAGAAAUUGCCAGUUUCAGUAACAGCUGAACCUGUUCAAAAUGUUAAUGAAAGUUUUGUUGCAUGGUA